AUGUCGGAUGAUGAAGGCCCCCGCGGCAAAGGCGGAAAGGGCAAAAAAGGAGGAGGGAAAGGUGGCGGCGGAGGUGGCGGAGGCGGCGGAGGCGGCAAAUCAGGUGGCAAAGGAGGAAAGGCUGGAGAAAGAGGUGGAAUGUCAGUGAGCCGGUUGCAGGUUCUGCCCAAAUUUCUGCAAGACAUCCACGCCAAGUACAAGCCGGCGGAAGACAAGCGCGGCCUGCAGCAUGCGGAGCUCUUGGACAAGAGCUCACCGCUAGGAAGGAAUGAUGAUGACGAGUACGACUUCGAAGAUGCGCAGAUUGUGGACAGCAACCUUACCGAGGAAGACAUCAAGGUCUUCCAGCGAAGAAGGUCGGCUGCUGCACCGCAGCCUGCUGUUGAAGAGGAAGGGGACAAGGUCAUGAAAUUCCAGAAGCCCAAGAGCGACGCGAAGCCCGAGCGCCUUCAGAUUGGCAGGCCUCGGAAAAAGCCAAAGGAGGAGGAGGAGGUUGUUGCAGCCUUCUCCAAGAAGAAGCAGCGCCUCAGUUUCGAUGCGGACGAGGAAUGA